AUGGACUUAUGCAGGAUAGCUGUCACCAUUGGAAUAGCUGCUGUUAGGAGAAAGCUGACUGUAGUUGGAGAUGACUGCUCUGCUAAGACGUGCCUCCUCUUCGCUCUGCGUCGCAAUCAACGUCCCACAUUGUACGAGCCAACCCUGUUUGACACGUGUGUCACUGACAUAGAGGAAGAUGGGAAGGGGAUGAAACUAUUUGUGUUUGACAUGUCAGGGAAAGCUGAAGUCAGUUACCGAAAUCUCUGCUCAGUAUUCUACGAGAACACCAACAUUAUUUGUUUCUCAGUGGACAGGCCUGACUCACAGCAAAACCUCCUUGACCUUUGGGUUCCAGAAAUCAAACUGUUCUGCCCCACAGUUCCUAUUAUUUUGGUGGCUACCAAGAGUGAACUGAGGGAUGAUGAAGGUAUCAGGAAGAAAUUAGCUACUCAAGGCUAUGAGCCAAUUAACACGAUAGAAGGAAGAGCUUUAGCAGCCAGGAUUGGGGCAUAUGCUUACCUGGAGUGUUCUGCCAAGACAAAAGAAGGUGUUGAUACCGCCCUGGAUAUAAUUAGCCAAUGUGCAUUUAAUGAGAAAAAGAGGAGAAUGAGGCACUGUAGGUCCUGCCAAAUUUUGUAAGAAACCCAAACAUUAUUUUGUUCUUAGUUUUCAUUAUGUGGAAGAGUGAGUAGAUGUCUUCAGUGCUGUUGUGUGGGUGCUAUAAGGGCUGCUUUUAUGGUACAAGAUGAAAAAAACAUUUAUGUGGAUGGGAAGUCUGCAAUGUCUCCCACUUGAAAAGUUGGAUUUGUUUCCUUCUCCAAAGCAGGCUGAAGAACACAAUUCCAGGUUUGAGCUGAGCACCGGUCUUGAGAAAUGGAAACUAACAAGCUACAGUUCUUCACAGAGUUGUCUUGGUCAAGGGAGAUAUACACAGACUAGGACAAUCAUGAGUGCAUGGAGUUCAGUAAAUCUAAUCAUGACUUCCUAGUAGCAAGGCUUGGUGGCAAGCAGCCAUGCUGAAAAGGGUUGCUAUUGUGCAUUCCCUGCCAUACACUUCCUUGAAGGAUGCCCUAAGGGAAUAGAGUCACUACACAGACACUCACAUACACGUGUAUCCAGUAGUCUGCUGUGCUAAUAGGAGUGGCUUUCUGACUGGCAGAACAGGUCUAACUUUUCACAGAAUUCAUUCAUAGAUCUGACCUGGCUUGGUUCCAUAAAUGCAUUAGGGAUGCAAUGUAUAGUGUAGGGUGCAAUGCAGGCAGUGCUGUGUACUUCUUCAGGCACAGGUAAAUCAGUUUACCCAAGGAACUGGGAUAAAGCAGCCUGGCUCUGAGUUAAGAUCCUUUUCUUGACAGAAUUCUUACCUUAAAAUGAGAGAGGCAAAGAGACCUGACUUCAGUGUCUAAAAAUCUCUGAGUGUACCUUAAAUCUUCCUACCUUUCCUUAGCACUUGCAGGCUGAAGACAUGAAGUAAAGGGGAUGCUGGCAGGUCAUUGACAGGUCUCUGCAAGUCAUUGACAGUUUGGAAAGAGACUAAAACAUGCUGCCAACCUAAGCAGAGAAUCUCAGAGAAGCACAGAGACGAGGCAACAUGGAAAGACUUUGGGUGCAUCUCCAUACUCUUCCCUUCUCCGAAGCGCUGUUUGCUGCCAGCCCAAGGAACAGAUAUACAGACUGACAUUAAAGGUGCAAGUCUGGGAGGUAGAAAAUAAUGUAACUAUGGGAUUUGGAGACAGAUGCUAUAACAGUAAAUGAACAUUAAAAAGUUCAAAGGUGAACUCCUGAUAAAGGGACAGGGCUAACAGCGCAUAACUGGUGUGAACUGGUGGAAGUGCAACUUUCUUUUGCUGACUUACCUAGCGGUGGUUUCAUCACUCAGCAGCUUGUCUGAAGUUUCCCAGGGGAAAACAAAACAAGGCUGAACACAAAAUGUUACGCUGGUUAUGCAACCUGCAGCUGUACCCUUAGCAAACGAGUUUUCCCAGGUGACAGACAUAGGAAAAUACACACUUUGUAUUUUUCUUGCCCGUUAUUCCCACCAACAUUUGUCUACUGAUGGAAACACGGAUAGAAAUACCAGAGUUGGCCAGCUAUUAUUGAGUGGGUUGCUGCUACUUUUUAGUAGUAGGUUUGAGUAACAAAUGUUUUAAGGGUGAUGCUUUACAUUUCCAAAGAAUCUCUGAGCUCUAUUCAGCUUGAAUUACCAGUCUCUCUCUUGGUGAUAAAAAAAGUGUUAUUUCCAUUUUCAAAACUGAGAAACUUAAAUUGUUGCCUAAAGUAAGUGUGAACCAUCUACUACUA